GCAGUGCACAUCUACCUAUACAAUACGGCCGCUUUCAAAUAAAAAUAAACGUGCGUGUAGCUGCUCACUCUCAGUAGGUUUCAUUUAUAUACAUCCGUCGCAAUUUUAAUCCAAUUUUUGAUCGAGCAGCUUUUUUCUAUAACGCCGAGCUUUUUUCAAUGUAUAAAAUGGAGUAUUCUUACCUUAAUUCCUCCGCCUACGAGUCGUGUAUGGCCGGGAUGGACACCUCGAGUCUGGCAUCAGCUUAUGCGGAUUUCAGCUCCUGCAGUCAGACUGGGGGCUUCCAGUACAAUCCGAUAAGGACCACGUUUGGGGCCACCUCGGGCUGUCCUUCACUCACGCCGGGAUCCUGCACUUUGGGGACACUGAGGGAUCACCAGAGUAACCCCUAUGCCGCAGUUCCCUACAAAUUGUUCACGGAUCACGGCGGCUUGAACGAGAAGCGCAAGCAGAGGCGCAUCCGGACCACGUUCACGAGCGCGCAGCUCAAAGAACUGGAGCGCGUGUUCGCCGAGACUCACUACCCUGACAUUUACACCAGGGAGGAGCUGGCGCUGAAGAUCGACCUCACCGAGGCGAGAGUGCAGGUGUGGUUUCAAAACAGACGUGCGAAGUUCCGCAAGCAAGAGCGGGCGGCUGCUGCUGCGGCUGCGGCAGCCAAGAACGGAUCUUCUGGAAAGAAAUCGGACUCCAGGGAUGAUGACAACAAGGAACCGAAAGCUACCGAUCCAGACAGCACGGGUGGUCCGGUACCGAAUCCAAAUCCUGCCCCUAGCUGCGGAGGACCGAGUCCCACUGGAGGACAAGUAAACAGCGGCGGAAACGGCUCUGUGGAGCAAGUGAAGGCGGCUGCUGCGGGCGUUUUGGGCGGCACCGCAUCCAAUCAGGGAUGGGCGCCUGGCCCAGGAACCAUCACUUCUAUUCCGGACUCCUUAGGCGGCCCGUUUGCGAGCGUGCUGUCUUCGCUGCAAAGACAGAAUGGAGCCAAAGCCGCUUUAGUAAAAACGGGCAUGUUCUAGAUGAAACGUCAAGCUGGAAAACGGGGGACGGUGCAUCCGGAGCAAUUCAAUUACAAGGGCGUCCGCACACACGUCGCUGUAACCGAAGAGGAAGAAAUGUAUGGACCGGAACAUUUGGCAAUGUGGAGAAAAUGUCCGUGUCCACUAAGAACAAGACGGAACCUAAAACAUGUGCUCCACAAUAUUUUAUUCUAAUCUCUGUGUUCUUGUCGAGGUGAUGUGUCGGCACUUAUUCGGGAUCAUGCAGCGAAUUCCUGCUCCAUUUUAUCAUGUUAUCCUUCCAUUUAUUCUUGGAAAACCAGAUUCUGUAACUCGGAGUUGAAUUUUUUUUGUCGAUCGAGACAUUUUUCCUUUUUUAUAUAACGAUUCAAUUUUCUAUAUUGUAAUUACUGAUUCGCUUGUUAAGAAAGAUUGAUUUUUAAGUGUUACAAUUAGCAGUUUAGUUUUGAGGGAUAUACUUCCUUAAAAGGCACAAAACCACAUCUCACUGUUGGCAGUAAUACUUAAACGUUUGUGCGUCUCUUUGCGGCUGUUUGUGUGGCUCGGUUGUAGUGUUGAUACGUAAUUGUCUCUAUAUUUGGUCCCAGGACAUGCGCAUUAGAUGUCUACGGAGAACCUGAAAAACUGCAUCAGAUACUUUCACUUUACACAAAGUCGGGAUACUUUAGUUUUGGGAGAAAAUGGAGUGGAUUGACACAAUGUAUUUAUUUAAUUUCCAUCUGCAUGUUACAUUUUUCUGUCAUUCAUUUUAAGUGGGCAUUUUUAAGGUUUAGUCCAGAUCUGAAUUUUAUUUAUAUGUAGGCAAUGAAUGCUUUAAAGGGAAAUAUUUCUACCAGUGCGUACAAUUUCCCAGCGUUUCCCUGACCGGAAUCGUUGAUGAUAAAAGGCUAAAUAUAUAGUUAGCGCCGCCUUUUUAUUUCCCAAGGUUCCUCCCGCAAUGCGGACAAACUUCUUGAGGCGCUCGCCUGACUUCAUCGGAGAAUCACUCAGUAUAUUUAUUCGUAAAAAGGAUAAACUUGAAAUAAAUACAUGACAAUUGCACCAAGUUGUUUUUGAGAUUACAUUUUGAUUUACUUACAUAAAAUCGUAUAAGGUGUAGUGAACGUAGC